AUGGUUGCGAUGAAAGUUCGUGACGUGCCGAAUCGACUCGUCAUCGCACCCGACGAACCAUCGGGUAUGGAUUGCUUCGCUGACGAUCGAGAUGCACUCAACGAUUUUGCCAAAUACUACAAUAAUGCUCAUCUUAGCGACGUUAACAUCAUUGUUGGAGACGAUACUUUUGCCGCUCAUCGCCUCAUCCUAGCCAAGAAUAGCGAGGUAUUCGAUCGAAUGCUUAGUCAACGAUGGAAUGGCGAAAAGAAGGAUCUCGAGAUGGUCGAGGAUGCGCCAUGCCAGAAAGUAUUUCCUGCAUUUCUUCGAUUUCUCUAUUGUAAUCAUGUGGUACUGCAUCAAGACAACUGCCUACCGAUUCUCAUACUUGCCGACAAGUAUAAUGUGAUCAGCUUGAAAAAGGUCUGUAUCGAUUUUGCCAUAGCUGAGAUCCUUCCAAAUCUUACGUUGAAGGAUGUGUUCAGCAUAUGGUUCUCGUAUGCAACCAAGGCCUACCACCAAGUACUGAUCCGUGCAUGUAUCCAAGCAAUUGCACGAGAUUUUGAAUUGCUGAUCACCGAUGAAUGGGAGAAGAGUUGGUUGGCACUCGAUAGGGACCAGAUGAUUGAAAUACUCAAAUGCAAUCAACUAGUUGUCGCAAAUGAAUAUCGUCUAUGGGAAGCGGUGAUCCGAUGGCUGCAAGCACCGAAUCACCCGGAACGACGAGGUACCACUGCCAGCCCACUACUUUCGUCACUACUGCCGUAUAUUCGAUUUCCAUUCAUGACUGCCGAUGAAUUGACUCAUGUGGAACGUUCUCAGUUUGCCGAAUGCUAUCCGAAACUGUUUCAUCCGCAGAUAUUGCUAGCCUACAAGUUCCAAGCUCUUCCUCUUUCUAGUCGCGUCAAUUGCAAGGAAUUCUCUACGACUCAAUUCUUACUGCGGAAUUAUACGGAUACACGAUGGGAUAAACGGAUAUCGAUCUCCAACGAACAGCUCUACCAAAGAGGCGUCGAUCAUUCGUUCCAGAUUCGUACACGUUCCUGCACAUUCCCCCUACAAACUUGGCAAUGGACUCUGAAACUAGGCGGAUCCUCCUAUUCGAAUUCUGUCGAUGAUGUGCUCAAAGCCUAUCUUAUCUCAGAAGAUAUCGAUCAACCCAGCAGGUCGAUCGAAUACAUGCUGUCAAUUGUGGAUGAGAAGAGAGUACUACGAUCAUUCUCCAGCAAGAAGAACUUCACAAAAACGAGGUUUGAAGUCUUAUUAAUUACAAAUAUAAUGGAAAUCAAUGAUUUGCUCACAGAAGAUUCUCCACUUUUGGUUAAUGGCGAAUUACAUCUACAACUAACGUUACGUCCUAUUGAUUGA